GUGGCUCCUGCGCGUGUCUCCCGUUUGUCACGUAGAGACACGGUGGCGUUUGAGCCUCUCUCGCGCACGGGGUUCCCGCGUCCUGACUCCCAGCGCCCGCAGAGAAGAUGUCGCAUCCAUCCCCGGCGGCCAAGCCCUCCAGCCCCCAGAACCCGCGGGUCUUCUUUGACGUAGACAUCGGAGGGGAGCGAGUUGGCCGAAUUGUUUUAGAAUUGUUUGCAGAUAUUGUUCCCAAAACUGCAGAAAAUUUUCGUGCGCUGUGUACAGGAGAAAAAGGCACUGGCUCCACAACUGGGAAAGCGCUCCAUUUUAAAGGAUGCCCUUUCCACCGAAUUAUUAAGAAAUUUAUGAUUCAAGGUGGAGACUUCUCAAAUCAUAAUGGUACAGGUGGAGAAAGUAUUUAUGGUGAAAAAUUUGAAGAUGAAAAUUUUCAUUAUAAGCAUGACCAGGAGGGUUUGCUGAGCAUGGCAAAUGCAGGCCCCAAUACAAAUGGUUCUCAGUUCUUUAUCACAACAGUUCCGACUCCUCACCUGGAUGGGAAACAUGUGGUAUUUGGUCAAGUAAUUAAAGGACUAGGUGUGGCGAGGAUGCUUGAAAACGUAGAAGUGAAUGGUGAAAAACCUGCCAAACUGUGUGUUAUUGCAGAAUGUGGAGAAUUGAAAGAAGGGGAUGAUUGGGGAAUAUUCCCCAAAGAUGGCUCUGGUGAUAAUCAUCCAGAUUUCCCUGAAGAUGCAGAUAUAGAUUUAAAAGAUGUAGAUAAAAUUUUAUUAAUAGCUGAAGACUUAAAAAACAUUGGAAAUACUUUUUUCAAGUCUCAGAACUGGGAGAUGGCAAUUAAAAAAUAUGCGAAAGUAUUAAGGUACAUGGAUAGUUCGAAGGCUGUUGUUGAGAAAGCAGAUCUAUCCAGACUGCAACCUAUAGCCUUAAGUUGUGUGCUGAAUAUUGGUGCUUGUAAACUGAAGAUGUCAGAUUGGCAGGGAGCAAUUGACAGUUGUUUGGAGGCUCUUGAGAUGGACCCGUCAAAUACCAAAGCACUAUACCGCAAAGCACAAGGAUGGCAAGGAUUAAAAGAAUAUGAUCAAGCCUUGGCCGAUCUUAAGAAGGCGCAGGAGAUAGCCCCAGGAGACAAAGCUAUCCAGGCAGAAAUGCUUAAAGUCAAACAAAUGAUAAAGGCACAGAAAGACAAAGAGAAGGCAGUGUAUGCAAAAAUGUUUGCUUAAUAAGGAUUCGACUUUGCUUAAAUAUGCAUUGAUUAUAUAAAAGAUAAUGUAAGUUACUGUCUGAUCCUUGAUGUUUCCCUUGAUUCUUUGUCAUUGUUUACAUAGAAUUGUUGACAGAUUCCUUCUUAAUAAAAUGUUAUGAAAUACAGUGACUCUCAUUUUAAAAGUGCAUUUUCAUCAAGAGUGGUAUCCGGCCAAUGUUUAAACUGUAAAUUUAGAGUCUCACUAAGUUGUAUGCUUUGUGGACCACCUUAGUUCUCAACUUGUGGGUCCGUUGGUUUGUAACAGUAUCAAAAUUAUAGUUAUGACGUAGCAACAAAACAAUUUUAUGGUUGGGGUUCACCACAACAUGGGGAACUACAUGUACUAAAGGGUUGCGAAGGUUGAGAACCACUGAUAUAAUCUGUCACAAUUAUGUGUGUAACCAGUGGGCAUGGCUAUGUUUCAAUAAAACUUCGUUAAGUGUUGA